CGACACUCAGAAUUCCCCUCACUAAAAAAGUUCGAAAUGCAUGUCCCCGUUUUGGCUUGGGCAGAGACCGAGCAGCUUUUCAUGCACUCUCAGUGUAGAGCAUGCCAGACCCUUGAACACGUUGAAAUUGGCCCCACCACGAUGUCAAAGGAUGAUACACAGUCGUACAACUGUUUUACAACAAUUAGACAGUUUCUUUGUUUCACGCAGCUACGAAUCCUGCAGGAGUCUGUGUCCAUCACUCCAUGUACCUGGACAACGACCUUUUUGUGGAAGCUAUGUCAAGUUGGCCGCACAUUCGCCGUCUACAAAUCAUGGGUCACGCGGAUCUUCAUACACCUACUGUCACAUUCCGCGCACUAUUCACAGGCUCCGUUUAUGUCCCCACUUGCAACCCUGAAAGCAUUGGUCGAUGCUGGGAAUAUCGAUAUCGAUCCUACAGCCGAGUCAUUUCAACAUACCUCUCUACAAACAUUCCAAGUGGGCGCCUCGCCCGUAGCGGAUGCUGAUGCUGUCGCUCGCAUCAUUUUCUCCAUGCUCCCAUGUGUCGAGUAAGUCAGCGACCUCAAGAGGGCGUGGCACCGGGUCAACCUGCAUCUCAAAAAAAUUAGAUUUUCCGUGGCUCUUGGCCGCCAUAUCACAGGAGCAGCGCCGACGAUAAGUUUGGGAUAGUAUUUUCAUGUACGGGAAAUUUUCCUAGAGUUGCUAGUAGAUGCUUUCGUACUUUGUGUGAGGGACGAGCAAGGUAGAUCGUCUCAAUGUACGCUGGAAAUACCCUUUGUACCUGUCGACCGGCCUUCGUAAGUUAGCAACUGUCCAUGAGCUUGUACCUUCAGUUGGCAAGU